CUAUUAUCCAACAAGAUCAGGCUCCAAAUGACCUUAAUUAAAAUAGUUGCCAUAUUGGUUUAUCAUUCUUAUAGACAUACACUUGAACAAUAUGAUCUUUACAACAAUUCCACAUACAUGCAAAAUUUUGUUAAAAAUCCAUUCUUGCACAUUCAGAAUCACCUCAUAUUCUUAUGUCAACAUUUUCACCAACGAAAUGAAACACGUUUACGUGACCAAUGAUGACGGCCUUCGAUCAAGCACGUUAUCUGCCUCAUCCAUACCAUCUUUGGGAUAUGAAAAGAUAAUUUCAGUGAAGGUUGGUGUAGCUUAAUGUGUGACCAUCUAUCCCCAAAGAAGAGCGGAUCCAUAAUUCCGAGAUGUUUUGGGUUGAAAAGUAAUUAUAUAAAGCUUAAACAUUCGCGGAUUGAGCUAAAUAUGAAUAUUGAAAAAUAUUAUACUAAAAAUUUGUAAAUCCUUCAUGUCCCCAAAUCUCUCUUUAGUGAGAGGUAUUAAAUUUAAUUUCUACCUAUAUGAUAUGAAGGAAGAUGAUGGUAAUGGAUCGGAGGUAGCGAGUUUGUGUGGUGACCGGAAUAGGUUGGAAGACACAAGUGAUGUAAGUCAUGUUGAAUUCGUUCUUUGGAGUUUAAAGCCAGUACCAAAGAAGCUAGUUGUGAUUAGGGGCGGAAUCAGGACACUAGAUCAGACUGGACCGAUACAAAGAAUAUUUUUUAAAUUUGGGCUGGACCAGGGUCAAGAUUGGCCCUCACCUAUCUCCACCCCUGGUUGUGAUCAAAUCCGGGGUUGGAGGGUACAUAGACUCUCGAAUUAUGAUUGCGGUAGGGUAGGGAUGCUUUUACAUGAACUUAUUGCAAUUCUAGAAUAGAUAAUAUCAAAUUUAAAUAGAUCAAACAGAAUUUAUAGACCAUAAAAAACAUAAUCCAAAUAAAAACAUUUUAAACAAAACUAUAAAAAGGAAAAUUAGAUAAUUUUAGACACAGACAUACCGUCAACUGGUUCAUUGAAACAGUUGAGAAUUUCAUCUGUAGAUGUCAGUCAUUGUUGGACUCGAAUCACGGGCCGAUGUUCCCAACCGGUGGAUGUGACUAUCCGCAGAAGGCCCAUUGCGUAAGAAAAUCACUGCAUCACGUUGAGUCGCAAACAUGCUCAGUGGGCCAUGCUCCACGCAAUUUUUUUGUCUGUUCUUGAUAUGCAAUCGAGAGAAAAAAAUGAUAUGCAAUCGAGGGUGUGAGAGAAUGGGGCGGGUAUACUAUCAACCUCAAUUCUAAGAUAUUGCUUUGGUGUAUAUUUGUAUUUAGAAGUUGUUCCGUUCGUCUUAAUCUUAUUACUUAUUCCUUAAUCUUAUUUUAUUCAGAUCAGAUCAGAUCAGAUCAGAAAGAUUCAGAUCAGAUCAGAUCAGAUCAGAAAGAUUCAGAUCAGAUCAGCAACAUUCAGAUCAGAUCAGAAAGAUUCAGACCAGAUCAGACCAGAUCAGAAACAUUCAGAUCAGAUCGGAAACAUUCAGAUCAGAAACAUUCAGAUCAGAUCAGAUCAAAAAAUUCAAAC